AUGACAGUACUUCCAACAACAUCAAACUCCUCCCCUUCCAUUUCUUCUUCAUUUGAAUCUGAAUUAAAUUCUCAUCCACAAUAUAUCAAUAUUAUUAAUCAAUAUGAAAAUUUUAUUAAAACCAAUAAUGAAACUUCAAAAAUCAUUGAAAGAAUCAUGCCUAAUUUAACUGGUGAUACUCUUAUUGGUGAUGAUAAAAUUAAUCUUCGUUCUAAAACUUUAUAUUUUAUUAAUGAUGAAUAUUUACUCAAUCAUAAAGAUAUUGACUCAUCACCAUUGGAGCUGAAUUAUUCGGUGACAUUUUUCCAUUUAGGUCAUAAAUUGACUGGUCAUAAAGGUAUAAUUCAUGGUGGAUUAUUAGCUACUUUAUUAGAUGAAUUAACUUGUCGAUUAGCUUUUCUUAAUUUUGAAAAUCAACGAGGAGUUACAGCUAAUUUAAAUAUUGAUUAUAAACAACCUACUAUUGCUAAUCAAUUUAUAAUGAUAAAAUGUAUUGUUUUAGAAAAAAUCGGUAGGAAAUGUUGGGUUAAAGGUGAAGUCUAUAAAUUGAAUAACAACAACCAACAGGGGAGUGAUGAUGAUUUGAUUAUUGAUAAACCAGAGAAUUUAUUGACUAGUUGUAAAGUAUUGGUGAUUGAACCUAAAUGGGUAGAUAAAUUGACGUAA